ACAGCCUCAGUCUGGCGCAUGACCUACAUAGCAGCUGUGGGUGUCGUUCCAAGCGGAGCGUCGUGGUUGUGAAGCUGUCUGCUGUCUUUGGUGCACACCAGGGUCUGCCCAGUCACUGGCUGCUUCGCCCUUGUGAUACCCGGUCUGGGCGACACAGAAGCGCACGGCCACACACAUCAGUUACUUAUCUCUGCCAGAUCUGCCGAGCAGGUUUACAAACAUAUUGAGGUCAGCUGUAAACCCGUCUGACGUCAUGACUGAACUUCAGGAAAAAUAUCGACGGAGUAUCGGUAGAUGGCGCUGUGCUGCUAUAGCCUUGUUUCUCAUUGCCCUGGCUUUAGUCGUAGCUCUUAUUGCUGUCUCCAUGAUGAAGGACAGGAGGUUUGAACGCCAGGCGGCUGAUGAUUGUGGAGAAAGUUUUGGGAAGCCCGAUAUUGACACAUCAGAGGCAGAGGACCCUGGGUUGUAUGAUGACCUUACCGUGAAGGAACUCAAAGCCAUCCAGGACUAUCUAUACAGCCUGAAGAUGCAGUUAAAUCUCAAAAAGCCAGAUAAAGCUGCAGUCAAUGUUAGCUACAUAUAUGUGUCAGAUCUUCAUCCACCUUUGAAAUCAGAAGCUCUGGCCUACUUAAGUGGUUCUGGGCCUAAACCAGAAAGAAAAGCUCGAAUAGUGAUCUUCAGAGGUGACGCUGUCCCUCCCGUGUCAGAAGAAUAUAUUGUUGGUCCUCUCCCAAAUCCCAACAGUUGCAAAUUGUUAAGCGUUCCAGGACGUAAAAAUCCUGUUCCAUAUGCCUACAGGCCGGUAGGAUAUGUCGAAUUUGGGUCAUACUACUUGAAAAUGUUCCCAGAGAUAGACAAAAAGAUUGGUUUUAUUUUGAAGGAGAGUUAUGGUGCCACAUUUUCAGACUGUGGAGACAGAUGCCUAAAUUUCUACCCAGCGCCUGUAGGGACUGGAGUAAGUCAAGUUAAGGUGAGGAAGAUGUGGUUCACAACAAGUCACUCUAUUGAAUAUUAUGACCUAAAUCCUGUUGAUUUCCUGAUGCUUGCUAAUAUUGAUUCUCAAGACCCUACAAAAUACUUCAUUGAGAAGCUGGUAUAUGCAGGCCAGGAGUACGCCAGUCUUGAUGAUCUCGCCACUCAGUACAGAGCUGGAUCAAUCCCAAAAUCCAAGAUACCAUUCCCAAAAAACGUCAAAGAUUUAAAGUCUUCCUUACACAGGAGAGGUAACCCUGUCCCGAUAAAACCACAGAGAGCUCCCCGAAUGUAUGAGCCUGACGGUAAGCGAUACAGUGUACACCACCGUCAUGUGGAAUACAUGCAGUGGGCCUUCGACUUCAGAAUGUCCACUUUAAGUGGUCCACAAAUUUAUGACAUCCGAUUCAACAAUGAGAGGAUUGCAUAUGAAGUCGGUCUGCAGGAGAUAGCUGUCUUUUAUGCUUCCAACAACUCUGCUACACGUAGCGCUGAUUACAUUGAUAGUGGUGCUCUUAUUGGCACCCACUCUCAAUCUCUGGUUCCAGGUGCGGACUGUCCAGAGACAAGUACAUUCUUUAACUACUCCUAUUUGGGCGAAUCUUCUGAGGAGCCAGUUCUUCUCCAGAGAGCCUUCUGUCUGUUUGAACUGAACCAAGGACUUCCUCUUCGUCGACAUCUGUCAUACAGUCAGGUUGAGGGUGGCUUCUAUUCCGGAAUGGAGGACAAUGUCUUAGUCCUCAGAAGCAUCAUGACCGUAGUAAACUAUGAUUACGUGAUGGACUUUAUAUUCCACCAAAGUGGAGCCAUGGAGGUUCGAGUUCUAUCAACAGGGUACAUAUUCGGUUCCUUCUAUACUCCCAAAGAAGAUCCGUAUGGCUUCCAACUGAAGGAAAAUACCAUUGGCAGUAUUCAUCACCAUCUUUUCCUUUUCAAAGCUGACGUUGACAUUCAUGGACCGAAUAACAGAUACGAGACGCUUGACAUAUCACGUGACGUUUCCCCCAAUUCGCAGACGACAAACGACCCAAACUCUAAGUACUACCAGAUCAAGUAUGAGCGAUCUCUCAAGCAGACUGAGAUGGAUGCAGCCUACAAGUUCAACUUUGAGAAACCAAGAUAUCACGUGUUCCACAACAACGACAACCCCACCAAAUUUGGGGCAAUCAAGUCUUACAGAAUCCACCUGGAUGGAAUGACGAAAGUGCUUAUCCCUGAGGACAAAGGUAACGAACCAGUUAUUUCUUGGUCGAGGAAUCAGAUGACGGUCACCAAGUUCAAAGACGAUGAAAGAGAUGGCAGCUCCGUCUAUGGAAUGUUCGAUUCCAUGGAACCCACAGUCAACUUCACAUCGUUUUAUGCUGACAACGACGACAUUGUUGAUCAGGACCUGGUGGCAUGGAUCAGUAUGGGUGUCCAUCACAUCCCCCACACCGAGGACAUGCCCAUCACCCCCACCCCCGGGGCACAUCUCAGCUUCGCCCUGCUUCCCUACAACUAUUUCGAAGAGUGUCCGUCCUCCCAGUCACGUGACUCCAUCAGGGUGGAGUACAAGGACAGCCACCAUCCCGAGAAGGGGGCCCGGGUGGUUAGAUACGGUAACGCGGAGAAGCCACGCUGUAUCCCCAACACUCCAGACUACGACGCAAUGGUGGAGCGAAACCCGUCAUGCGCAAUAGAGACUUCCUACGUACACCACGAGGCGGGAGACGAAUAUGUGUCAGCCAACGGCAAUAAUGAGCACCAUUAGACCAAAAAAGAGGAAUAGUUGAAAAUUGAUUCUCGUCAUCUCUCGUCAUGACAUGUAGUUGUAAAUUGUAUUCAGAUAGUUCUGCUUGCAUCUGGAGUUUUAUCGUACGAAUGACACAAAAUGGCUUGAAUGAAGAUACAAUUGUAUACACUUUGUGUCUUCUCUUGCUGUUGCCACGUGUCUUUAAGCAUGAUGUAUUUGAGUCUACGUGAGAAAGUCGUAUAUUUUCUUGUACACAAAUACGUCUGAACACGUACCUGACGUUUAAAAUUAUGAAAUAAUUUUAUCACAUUGGUCAUGUCUAAAUGAUGGUUGUGAUCUCAGGCUAUGUCAUUCAGUCUGCAUCGUGUCCAUAUCGUGAUAUCUUCGAGGUGUCCCUGAUUGGGUAGAGAGACCUGGAUAUGGUCGUGUUAUGGUGAAGAGUAAAGACAUCAAAUAUUUGUGUGUAAUGCAUCAAUAACAAUGACUCAAUAUAGGAAUUGGUGUGUAGGAGCCUCUAGAAAUGGUUUCUGAUCCUGUUCUGGUUAUCAGCUUCAUCUGCUUUUAAUAUUCGGAAACAAUUCAUGAUGAACACAUGAUUAUCUACUUGUGGCCUUAGCACUUCAUCAACUAUCGAUAUACCGAUACUGGUGAAGAUGAGAUCUCAAGUAUUGGAGUUAAUUCCAGGCAUCUCCCACUCCGGGAGGUAAAGAACAAUUAAAGACUUCUCGAAAUGUAUACAUCAAAGGAACUCGUUUUGAAUGGAAAAUUCAAAACCAUCAAUGAUAAGCUUGCUUGCAAAAUUUUUGGGUUGACAAGGAAAACUAAAGCAUAAUUAAACAUUUUGUAACUAGACUUAUGAUUGAAGGUAUUUAAUUUCCCUUUACGAUGUGGUAAUAUUAUCCACUUUGUUUUUUAAUUUUAACCUGUCAGAAACGUUUGCUGCGUUCAUGCUCGUGACGUGUUGUAAUUAUCAGCCUCAUUUCUUGUUUACCUUUGCGGCAAAGCAUAGGGUUGAGAUCUGAUGGCUGCUUUAAAAUAAAUACAAGGUAAGGUGACCACAGAUGAGUACGAUGUUGUAGGCAAGGAUUUGUUUAGCAAGUGCUGAUAGGUUGAAAAAAAAUGGUAAUUUUUAAUUAAUGCAUUAUGGAGGAGCUUUGAUAUGAACCGAGUGUGAAAUCACUGCGGGUGUCACUAUUUGUCUGUAUGUAUAUAGGGGUGUGAUUUUUUUCUGUACGAAUAUAUUAUGUUGUGCACGCUAACAUCGAAUUCCUGAGGCAUAUAUGCAGACGUUUGAUUGGUACUCAGAACAUGUGUGUAAUGAAUCAAUAACAAUGUUGAUGUAGACUCCUACUGUAAGAUGAAAGAACAGGGGUCACCUAUUAGAUAAACAGUCUUCAGGAUGUUGCAUGCUCAUGAAUAUCUUUGAAUGUAUUUUGAUGAGAUCUAGUCAAUGAACCAAAUUUUUUUUCUUGAAAAUCCUUCUUAAACAGCAACGUCAAACACGAACAUUGCAUGGAAAGUUAUUUUACACUGUGGUCAACAUGUAUUCCACAGUGUUCAGUUGCUUGUAAAUAGUUGUGGAAGCUGACAAAAGACACAUCACUGGCUGACAGCGGGAGCAAUGAGAACUCUGACGUGCAUUCAGUAACCACCCAAUCCUGUUUAGAUGUAUCCUUUAAGCCUGCAGAUCUCGGGGCUACUCUAGCCUAAGAUUUGUUAAACAUCAUUCACGCUGAGUGGAGUAACACUGUAUCAAGAUACUGUUGAUGUAAAAAUAUAAUGUUUGUUUUGAUAAAUUCUGAGGCAAACUU